AUGCAGAAGGAAAUGAAGAUGAUCAAAGAUGAGGAUGCGCAUUUCAACCUGGGUGUGAAGAGGGCCCCCCCUUUCCCCCACUGCCUGCAGCCAGUGGUUUCCCGGGGCAAAGCUCCCCAAAGACACCCCUUCCCAGAAGCUCUCAGGGGGCCUUUCUCCCAGUUCCGGUACGAACCUCCUCCCGGAGACCUGGAUGGCUUCCCGGGGGUCUUUGAAGGAGGAGGGUCCCGGAAACGCAAGAGCGUGCCCACCAAGAUGCCCUACACCCACCCCUCUGAGGAAGCCGCCCUGGGCCUCCACUCCGAGGAGAGCAAACUCCAUGGCCACCCGAACUUCCCUCUGCUGUUCCCGCAGCCCCCGCGCCCCAAAUACGACUCGCAGAUGAUCGACCUGUGCAACGUGGGCUUCCAGUUCUACCGCAGCCUGGAGCCCCUGGGCGGCAAGCGCGUCAAGCAGGAGCCGGUGAAGCCCAGCGCCGUGUGGCCCCAGCCGGCGCCCGCGCCCUUCCUGCCCACGCCCUACCCCUACUACCCCAAGGUGCCCCCGGGCCUCCUGUUCCCCUUCUUCGUGCCCGCAGCCUCCCCGUUCCCCUUCAGCCGGCACGCCUUCCUGCCCAAGCAGCCCCCCGACCCGCUGCUGCCCCGCAAGGCGGAGCCCCCGGAGGGCGAGGAGGCCAAGCAGAAGGUGGAGCGGAUGGACGUGAACGUGCAGAUCGACGACAGCUACUACGUGGACGUGGGGGGGCGCAAAAAGCGCUGGCAGUGCCCCACCUGCGAGAAGUCCUACACGUCCAAGUACAACCUGGUCACGCACAUCCUGGGCCACAGCGGGAUCAAGCCGCACGCGUGCACCGCGCUGCGGGGAAGCUCUUCAAAGCAGCUCAGCCACCUGCACAUGCACAUUGCUCAGCAUCCAAGGAAGGCGGCCCCGACAAGUGCCCAGGUGUGCCACAGCUUCACCCAGACCAGCCACCUGAAGCGCCACAUGAUGCAGCACAGCGAAGUGAAGCCGCACAACUGCCGCGUGUGCGCGCGGGGGUUUCGCUACCCCAGCGAGCUCAAGGCCCACGAGGCCAAGCACGCCAACGGGCGCGAGAACAUCUGCGUGGAGUGCGGCCUCGACUUCCCCACCCUGGCGCAGCUGAAGCGGCACCUCACCACGCACCGCGGGCCCAUCCAGUACAACUGCUCCGAGUGCGACAAGACCUUCCAGUACCCGAGCCAGCUGCAGAACCACAUGAUGAAGCACAAGGACAUCCGGCCCUACAUCUGCUCCGAGUGCGGCAUGGAGUUCGUGCAGCCCCACCACCUGAAGCAACACUCGCUCACCCACAAGGGUGUGAAGGAGCACAAGUGUGGGAUUUGCGGGCGGGAGUUCACUCUGUUGGCCAACAUGAAGAGACACGUGCUGAUCCACACCAACAUCCGCGCCUACCAGUGUCACCUCUGUUACAAGAGUUUUGUGCAGAAACAGACCCUCAAGGCACACAUGAUCGUCCACUCUGACGUGAAGCCUUUCAAAUGCAAGCUGUGCGGGAAGGAGUUCAACCGGAUGCACAACCUGAUGGGCCACAUGCACCUGCACUCUGACAGCAAACCCUUCAAGUGCCUCUACUGCCCCAGCAAAUUCACCCUGAAGGGGAACCUGACGCGCCACAUGAAAGUCAAGCACGGUGUCAUGGAGCGGGGCCUCCAUUCUCAAGGUUUUGGAAGGGGGAGACUCGCCCUGGCGCAGGCGGGGGUCCUGAGGAGUCUGGAGCAGGAGGAGCCCUUCGACCUGUCCCAGAAGCGCCGGGCCUUCCAGUCUGACGGGGAGAGCGCCAGGGGCAGCUCCUGCCAGGAAGAGGAGGAUGAGGACCACUGCUGCGAGGUGGAGCGGGACAGCCCAGGCCCGGCCCCGCGGAGCAGGCAGCGCUGCGUGCCCCAGGAUCUCUCCACCAAGCCCGAGCCAGCCCCCCGGGCGCCCCAGGAAGCCUGCGAUGAAGAAGAGAAGGAGGAGGAGGAAGAGAUGGAGGAGGAGGAGGAAGAGGAAGAGGAGGAGGAGGCCGUGCAGAAGGAAGGACGCCAGGAGAAGAGCAAGGACAGCCAUGGGGCAGAGGGCGGCCAGGAGAGAGAUGGCGCCCGCAGAGAGGAGUGUCCCAGCCUCAGGGCGCUGCAGAGCGCGCGGCGGGGGGCCUCCUUUUCUGAUUACUUGUACUUCAAGCACAGAGAUGAGAGUUUAAAAGAAUUACUGGAGAGGAAAAUGGAAAAACAAGCAGUGCUUUUAGGUAUCUAAGUGGAGAGCUUUAGAAUUACACUUGGA